GAUGACCCUGCUCCGGAGCAGCCCUGAGCUCUCCUGAUGAGGAGAGGCGUCUCGUGGCAGCAGCCCUUCUGCUGCAGCCAGAGCAAGGAGGCACCAGCAGGAGCAGCCGCUGCAACCACAGAGGUGAAGAGCUUUGGGAAGAGGUUGGUUCAGAAAGGAGGGAGAUGCAUGCCUUUGACCCUGACCAUCUCGUGGGCUCACCCAGAGCCCUUUUUCUUCUUUGGGAAGUGCUGAAAAUACGUGAAUAAGCCAAGACACUUGUUUCUGGAGUUUUAGCUGUGGACUCACCUCUCUGGUACCUGAAGCCAACAGAUGACAAAGGAUUUCUCAGUGGGAAGAGGACAGUGCUUUCUCUAGGUCUUUUGAAAUAAAAGCAACGCUCCUUUUUCCCCUUCCCUUUCACGGGUAGCAUACAGGGGAGAAAAAGAAGUGUCCCAUAUAAACGCAGUUCAGGAUUCUAGCAGCUUACUAGUAACAUUGCCCAAGUGGAUGGAGUGAAAACUGGAGAGCAGCGCGCGUCGUACGAACAUGAAGAUGCCGUCAGCAUCUUCCAAACCCCAGGUCUCACCUGGGAACUUAACAGCAAGAGCUGUCUGCAAAAUUGUGCCUAGCAGACCUCAGCCCCGCUGCUUCCUUCUGCCAGUGGGCUUGGAGCUGUGGGUGUACGUUCAGAAAAUGCGCAACCUGCAGAAGAAGAGAAUGGAGGCGUCCUGCCUGGAGCUGGCCCUGGAAGGAGAGCGCUUGUGCAAGGCAGGGGACUUCAAAGCUGGGGCAGCCUUCUUCGAAGCAGCGGUGCAGGUGGGGACGGAGGACCUGAAGACUCUCAGUGCCAUCUACAGCCAGUUGGGCAAUGCUUAUUUCUACCUAAAGGAGUACUCCAAGGCCCUGGAGUACCAUAAGCACGACCUUACGCUGGCCAGAACCAUUGGGGACCGCAUUGGAGAAGCCAAGGCAAGUGGCAACCUUGGGAACACACUGAAAAUACUCGGGCAGUUUGAUGAAGCUGUUGUUUGUUGCCAGAGACAUUUGGACAUUUCCCAGGAGCAGGGAGACAAGGUGGGUGAAGCCAGAGCACUCUAUAAUAUAGGAAACGUUUACCAUGCAAAGGGAAAGCAUUUAUCUUGGAACAUGGCCCAAGACCCAGGCUACCUGCCGCAAGAUGUCAAGGAGACUCUACAGAAAGCUUCAGAGUAUUAUGAGAGGAACCUGUCCCUGGUGAAGGAGCUGGGGGACAGAGCUGCACAGGGCCGUGCUUACGGCAACCUUGGCAACACCCAGUACUUACUGGGCAACUUCACUGAAGCCAUCGCCUUCCACAAGGAGCGCCUCGCUAUUGCCAAGGAGUUUGGGGACAAGGCAGCCGAGCGGAGAGCGUACAGCAACCUGGGCAACGCACACAUCUUCCUUGGGAGGUUUGACAUCUCUGCUGAAUACUACAAGAAAACACUCCAGCUCUCCAGACAACUCAAAGACCAAGCAGUAGAAGCCCAGGCUUGCUACAGUCUUGGAAACACGUACACGCUGCUUCAAGACUAUGAAAGAGCAAUCGAGUACCAUCUAAAACACCUGGUGAUAGCACAGGAGCUCGGAGACAGGGUGGGAGAAGGAAGAGCCUGCUGGAGUCUCGGAAAUGCCUAUGUCUCCUUGGGGAGCCAUGAACAAGCUCUGCACUUUGCAAGGAAGCAUCUCGAAAUCUCCCAAGAGAUCGGGGACCGGAGCGGGGAGCUGACGGCCCAGGUGAACGUGGCCCAGCUCAGGUCAGCCCUCGGCUUGGGCCCCGGGGACGAGGACGUGGGCACGGCUCAGCAUUAUUCCGGCUACGAAGCACAAGGAGCCAGGCCAAAGAGACUCCAAAGAAACAGCAUGGACAGCUUAGACCUCCUGAAGUUCCCUUCUGAAAAGGACCAGAAUGGGGACAGCCAUCACGUGGGAGACCUGAAGAUCUCGGGCAAAGAGUUCUUGUCUUUACCUGCAAGGUCGAAGAAAUACCGGGAGCACCAACCCACUUCAGAGAGAAGGCCCCAGGGGUCAAGUACAUCACCGCUGGAUGCCAGUGAAGUCCGAGUCCAGGUGUCACAGUCGAAGAUCAACCGGACCCCUUCGGACGAGGAAUGCUUCUUUGACCUGCUGAGCAAGUUCCAGAGCAACCGGAUGGAUGAUCAGCGCUGCCCGCUGGAGGAAUGCCCAUCGGAGGCUGCAGAGGCAGCUGCCACACCAGUCCCUGCCCUGGGAGAACGGAUCUCGCAGUCCUCCCUGAUGGCGUCCCCGCAGACGGAGGAGUUCUUUGAUCUCAUCGCCAGCUCCCAGAGCAGACGGCUGGAUGACCAGCGCGCCAACGUGGGCAACCUGCCCGGCCUCCGGAUAACCCACAACAACCUGGGGCACCUGCGCGUGGAGGGGGACGCUCAGGAGCCUGGCGACGAGUUCUUCAACAUGCUCAUGAAAUGUCAGUCCUCCAGGAUAGAUGACCAGCGCUGCGCCCCACCCGACUCCAUCCCCCGUGGCCCCACUAUGCCAGACGAAGACUUCUUCAGCCUUAUCCAGCGCGUCCAGGCCAAGCGCAUGGAUGAGCAGAGGGUAGAUUUGGCCUCAGCCCAGGAGGAGGCAGCAGAGGAGCAGCAGAGGCCUGGUUCCAGCUAAGAACUGGGGUUCAGGUUGGGGGGUUUGGUUUCAUUUUGUGUGUUUUUUUUUUAAAGAGAACUAAGUGUAGGUGGUUUCAAAGCUGAGUGCUCCUGCGCUACCACAGACUUCUCCCAGGAGCGACCCGAGCCGUGGGGAGCUGGAGCUCAGUGCACUGCAUGUGGCUGCUCUGCGGAGGCAGUGCCACAAAACGGCCCACCAGACGGGGAACAGUUUUUAAACAAGGGGUUUUUUUAGGACGUGCAGCCAGUGUAACACUGGGCCCAGCACCUGGGAAGAAGACUUUGGCAGUCCCUUUGCUUGUCACCUAAAAGCCCAGGAACUUGUGCUGUCAGCCGAAGGAGGAGCCCGGAGCAGGUAGCUAAAUCCAGCCUUGAUGUCCUUUAUUUCCAAAACACUUUUAAUUUAAUGGGGGAAGGGAAGAGCACCUUUUUCAUUUUCAAGUCCUCCUGUCUUGUUUGCAUCACGAGGUGACAGAUUGCUCUGGAUCCUUUCCUGGAAUAUCUUGCUCAACUUUGUUCUUGCUAAAGGAGGAAAUGAGCUCAAGUCAGCGGCAACACAGGUCCUUUUAAACCUGACCCCUGCCCUGGCUGCAGCCAUGGUCCCCCCACUUUAGUUUGUUCUGGGGUUGCUGUGAGCACCCUGUGCUGUUCCUCCCCUCCGCUCCCCCAGCCACUCGUGUGCAGAGCUGUACUGGAACCUCCUGCGCAGGAUCCAAGGCUCUCCCACCCGUAGCUUCAGUGGAAUUUGGAGACCCCCAGCAAAACCCCAGCCUGGGACAAAGCCUGAAAGGUAACUGCCAGCUGGGCAGCCCCAACUGCAGCCCCGAGACAGGAAUCUGUGCCCGGGAAGGGAGGAAGACGGUCUCUGCCCAUCUGCUCAGCACAGAACACAAACUUAGGCAACGCAUUGCUUCUGCUGCAGCUGGGCCAGAAGCCUCGUACAGGAUUGAAUCGUGCGCCCGAGGCAGAAACCUGCAUUUGGCACUGACCUGCUUCGAGAGCUACAAAGCCUUCUGGUCACCGCUUGCGAUGAGAGUGAGCAGAACUACGCCCUGCUCCCUUGUGCCCAGCAGCAGUGGGGGACAACGGCCCUUCCCUCCGCCUUGUUCCUCCUGAAAGCAGGGCUGCGCUGCUGCCCGCCCCGCAGAGCUGCUCCCAGCGCGGCCGUCCUGCUCUGCCCAGCUGCCUGGCGCCGUCCCCGCAGGAAACGGAGCCUUGCGCCCGCUCCAGCCGGGGGUGGUUGCUGGGCCGGCAGCCCCGCACCGCACGCGAGUGCGAGGACCUACAUUUACUUACAUUUCCUUCUGGUAAUGUUGGAAAAGGAAGCCCGGAGGGGAGGCCAGCAGACUUCUCAUUUGAGGAGGUGGAAUGGGUUUUUCUUUGCUUGACCUGAGAGGCUAUCUUGGACUUGAGCACCUCCAGUAAUGAGGUCUGCCAAAGCAGGUAUGUUCCUACGGAGAACAAAUCAGCACUUUCUAACUGAAACGCAUUUGACGGAAACAUUUCCAACCAGCAGUUGAGAUUUUUAGACCAGUGAUGCUGCUCAUCGGGCAUUUAACCUGCCUGCACUGAACAUUUGGAGGGGUAGCUGCAUUUUGCCUGCCACCAGGGAGCACUCACCUGCUGCAUGGAUGGCUGGGCCGAGGCUCGGCCUCCUGCCUGGGGCAGGUCGGAGCUCUGGAGACAAGCCAGGAGGACCUGCCAGCCACCUACGUACCCACCUAGCUUGAAUUUGUCCAGAGGAAGACAAUGCUGAGGAUGCCGAUGACUUGAGCAGCUGCAGGCCCAGGCCUGUGCAGCUCAGCCAGGUGGCGAAUUGGAAUCUGACCAUUAAGCUUUCAGAGGUGUUAAUUAUUUGCCAUAUACUUGAAUGUAUGAGCUUAUUUAUUUUUACAUGUGCAUUUGCUAAUGUCAUUUUAAUGGGGAAUUUCCAACCCACAGGUACUUUUUUUCUAAAAAAUAAUCUGCCAAAUGAAUUAAUAUAUUAGAAAUGAAUACAGCGCGAGGGAAGGGGAGGGUUGUGCUUAAUAAAUAUUUGUGUCUAAGCUUCAGUGACAAAAA